AUGGGCCUCAACUUGACACUUGCAAAACUACCAAAUAACGAGCUGCAUGGCCAAGGCGGCCCCGGCCCCAGCAACGUGACUGACGGCCUGGGGAAGAACGGCACCCUUCACAACCAAUUCGACACCAUAGUCUUGCCGGUGCUUUACCUCAUCAUAUUUGUGGCAAGCAUCCUGCUCAAUGGCCUAGCCGUAUGGAUUUUCUUUCACAUUAGGAACAAGACCAGCUUCAUCUUUUAUCUGAAAAACAUAGUGGUGGCUGACCUCAUCAUGACCCUGACAUUUCCAUUUCGAAUAGUCCAUGACACGGGACUGGGGCCCUGGUACUUCAAGUCCAUCCUGUGCCGAUACACCUCCGUCCUGUUUUACGCCAACAUGUACACUUCCAUCGUGUUCCUCGGGCUUAUCAGCAUUGACCGCUAUCUGAAGGUGGUGAAACCGUUCGGGGACUCUCGCAUGUACAGUGUAACCUUUACCAAAGUGUUAUCUGUCUGUGUUUGGGUGGUCAUGGCUGUCCUGUCAAUUCCAAACAUCAUCCUCACCAACGGCCGACCCACUAAGGAAAACAUUCACGACUGCAUGAGGCUGAAGAGUUCCCUCGGGGUCAAGUGGCACGAGGCCGUCGUCUACGUCAACAGCUGCUUGUUCGUGGCCGUGCUCGUGAUUCUGAUCGGAUGCUACAUCGCCAUAUCCAGGUACAUCCACAAAUCCAGCAGGCAGUUCAUCAGUCAGUCGAGCCGGAAGCGGAAGCACAACCAGAGCAUCAGGGUGGUGGUGGCUGUGUUCUUCACCUGCUUUCUGCCGUAUCACUUGUGCAGAAUCCCUUUCACUUUCAGCCACUUGGACAGGCUGUUAGACGAAUCUGCACACAAAAUCCUGUACUACUGCAAGGAAAUGACGCUUUUCUUAUCUGCAUGCAAUGUGUGCCUGGACCCAAUAAUUUACUUUUUCAUGUGCAGGUCAUUUUCAAGAAGGUUAUUCAAGAAAUCGAAUAUCAGAACCCGCAGCGAAAGCAUCAGAUCACUGCAAAGUGUCCGAAGAUCCGAAGUCCGAAUAUAUUAUGAUUAUACUGAUGUAUAG